UUGUGGCUUCUUCACCUACUAUGUCCGAUGCGAGCCGACACUUGUUCUCGGAUUUCAGGGGAGACAGAAUCAACCUCUGCCGGAGAACGGAACCAUUCUCCUAAUGGGGGCUCCGGCCCUCCUUGUUGCAGUGCAGGCAAAUCCUGUGCCAAUCAAAAACAAACCACCUAGAUCUCAAGUUACCGGAAUCAAGGAAGCCAGCAGGUUUUGGCCGUCAGCCUCUUCAGCAAUCGGAGCCGAUACGCUGCCCCGGGACAAGCCAAUGCAAUGAGCGUUGAGACAGCGGGUGAUCACAAAGACGCUAAGGGCAGGGAACCGGAAUGUG